GCGCUGGGGUUCGGGGGUGGGGUGUGAACCUCUGCCCUCUUUCCAUUGGCCUGUCUUCCCUCGGCGGGUGCCAGAGACAGGUGGCGAAGGCUUGCUCCGUCCCCGCUCUUGGUGAGGGGAGAAGGAGAGAAAUGGCUGAAAGUGGAAACCGGGAGCGGUUUGGGGCGCUUCGCAAAGUUCUCCAGCCCGGCGAGCCGGCGGUGUGUCUACCAGAGGCUGGGGGCCAGUCCGUCUGGUCCUGCCCGACGCCGCUUCCACCCCGCGAGCUCUGGGAAAGGUCUCUACGUGACGCCAAGGGCCGUCGAGGCCCCGGGGAGGGGGAUCGAAAGACUCACUUUGUGAGGUGUUUACAUUGGAGGUGGGGGACGGGAAGGGACUGGGCAAAGUUACCUGGACUCAACUAAAUUCCUGCGCUUGCUUAGUGUCGACAUUUGAAUACGAUCCAAGAUGUUCUGCUUUUAUCCCGGGCAGCCCUGAUAUGUCAGCAACAGGCUGAGGUUCCAGACCUGAAAUCGCACAGCAAGAAAAAGGGGUUUGCUGAACUAACUCCAAGCUGGUGUGCACAGUGUCCGCGCGGCUGCCGGCCCAAGAGCUGGAGUCACCAUGGCAGCCGGAGUUGCGGCCUGGCUGCCUUUUGCCCGGGCUGCGGCCAUCGGGUGGAUGCCGGUGGCCAACUGCCCCAUGCCCCUGGCCCCGGCCGACAAGAACAAGCGGCAGGAUGAACUGAUCGUCCUCAACGUGAGUGGGCGGAGGUUCCAGACCUGGAGGACCACGCUGGAGCGCUACCCGGACACCCUGCUGGGCAGCACGGAGAAGGAGUUCUUCUUCAACGAGGACACCAAGGAGUACUUCUUCGACCGGGACCCCGAGGUGUUCCGCUGCGUGCUCAACUUCUACCGCACGGGGAAGCUGCACUACCCGCGCUACGAAUGCAUCUCUGCCUACGACGAUGAGCUGGCCUUCUACGGCAUCCUCCCUGAGAUCAUCGGGGACUGCUGCUACGAGGAGUACAAGGACCGUAAGAGGGAGAACGCCGAGCGGCUCAUGGACGACAAUGACUCGGAGAACAACCAGGAGUCCAUGCCCUCGCUCAGCUUCCGCCAGACCAUGUGGCGGGCCUUCGAGAACCCCCACACCAGCACGCUGGCCCUGGUCUUCUACUACGUGACUGGCUUCUUCAUCGCCGUCUCGGUCAUCACCAAUGUGGUGGAGACGGUGCCGUGCGGCACGGUCCCGGGCAGCAAGGAGCUGCCGUGCGGGGAGCGCUACUCGGUGGCCUUCUUCUGCCUGGACACGGCGUGCGUCAUGAUCUUUACCGUGGAGUACCUCCUGCGGCUCUUCGCGGCGCCCAGCCGCUACCGCUUCAUCCGCAGCGUCAUGAGCAUCAUCGACGUGGUGGCCAUCAUGCCCUACUACAUCGGCCUGGUCAUGACCAACAAUGAGGACGUGUCCGGCGCCUUCGUCACGCUCCGGGUCUUCCGCGUCUUCAGGAUCUUCAAGUUUUCCCGCCACUCCCAGGGCCUGCGGAUCCUGGGCUACACACUGAAGAGCUGUGCCUCCGAACUGGGCUUUCUCCUCUUCUCCCUCACCAUGGCCAUCAUCAUCUUUGCCACUGUGAUGUUUUAUGCCGAGAAGGGCUCCUCGGCCAGCAAGUUCACAAGCAUCCCUGCCUCAUUUUGGUACACCAUUGUCACCAUGACCACACUGGGGGAAUGACUCUGCUUCUGAGCACUGCGAAUGGACCUGAGGCUCUCUCCUACCUUGGCUUCAGCUCAGGGCCCUGCAGGGGUUUGGGGAGCUUUUCUGGAGCAGAUUAGCCGCGGAACCCCAGUGGGGACGAGAACAGCCUGGUCAAGUUGGAUGCUCUUUACACAAGUUGGAUUAGGAUCGUUACUCUCACAAACUCAGGAUGAAAAGCAAUUGCCUCUCUGUCCUACUCCACCCCAUGAUGUGUGUGUAUGCCAGGUGGUUUGGGGACAGCCUGUCUCCAGGCUGCUAGGUCACUGGG